AUGUCUUCCCUUCUUCCACCCCUCCCCCAUUCCCCCAUUCCCCCAUUUCCCGCAUCCUAUUUCCUGUUUCCCCCAAUCGCCCCCAUACGGAGGGACCCGGAGAGCCCGAUUCUGUCUUGUCUUUGUCUCGUCUUGUCUUUUCUCGUCUUUUCUCGUCUUGUCAGGUUGAUACCGGCCGGUAACACUGUGCAACACUCUAUUCCGUACCCCGUAUUGAUACACUACCCCGGGUUCUGGUGA